AGGCGGCGGCCGCAGCCGCAGGAAGAUGCUGGAAGCGGGCGGGCGCGCGCCGCGUAGGUGCUGAAGGGACAGUUCCUUCGGCAGAACUUGCUCCUGAGCGCACGGGGCACGUAAGAGAUGGAGACUAUUUGGAUCUAUCAGUUCCGCCUUAUUGUGAUCGGAGACUCCACCGUGGGCAAGUCGUGCCUUCUGCACCGCUUCACCCAGGGCCGCUUCCCAGGGCUGCACUCCCCCGCCUGCGACCCCACAGUCGGCGUGGACUUCUUCUCGCGCCUGCUGGAGAUUGAGCCGGGCAAGAGGAUCAAGCUGCAGCUCUGGGACACGGCGGGGCAGGAGCGCUUCAGAUCAAUAACUCGCUCCUAUUACCGCAACUCAGUUGGAGGAUUUUUAGUGUUUGACAUUACUAACCGACGGUCUUUUGAACAUGUGAAAGACUGGCUAGAAGAAGCAAAAAUGCACGUACAGCCUUUUCAGAUUAUAUUCCUACUGGUGGGACAUAAAUGUGACCUGGCUUCGCAACGUCAGGUGUCAAGGGAAGAAGCUGAGAAACUGUCAACAGACCAUGGGAUGAAGUACAUAGAAACCUCAGCAAAGGACGCUACAAACGUUGAAGAGUCCUUUACAAUCUUGACAAGAGACAUAUAUGAACUUAUUAAAAAAGGAGAGAUUUGUAUUCAGGACGGAUGGGAAGGGGUUAAAAGUGGUUUCGUUCCAAAUACUGUGCAUUCUUCUGAGGAAGCAGUCAAGCCCAGAAAAGAGUGCUUCUGUUGACUCCGACCUGCCGAAGAGCCACCACAGACAGACCGUGCCACUCUGGAUAGAUGUCAACAUUUAUAGCAGAAUGAUGCAGGGGGUGAACGCCCUCAGACAUCCAGACCCGUUUCAUAAACUGGUGGACUGUGUCUCACCACUUAUACCAACAGGCCAGGUAGUCUGCCAAGUUAGGAGGGAAAGGAGACAACUUUUCUCUUGAAACCAGGGUCUACAAAAUUACAUCCAUUCUCACUUUGCUAGCAUAUAGCUGACCUUAAUGUCCAGAUAUGUCAGUAUUAAUCAUCUUUCUUGACAGCUGAAAAUAGUUUUUUUGUACAUAUGUAAUCCAGCUGAAAAGAAUGUAUCAGGAUUUAUAUUCUCCUGGGUUAACUAGUAUUGAAUACAAAGUGCACUUGAAGGGUCAAUGAGGUGACUCACUGGGUAAAGAAGCUUGCCACCAAAUCUGUAGACUUGAGCUUCAUCCCUGGAGCCCCUGUGGUAGAAGGAAAGAACCCACUUCCCUUGAAGUUGUCCCCUGACCACAUGCACUGUCAUAUACAUGCACAUACAAAUACACAUGAGCAAGUGCAGGCCCAUACACUAAAUAAUGUUGAAGAUGCGUAAGGUAUAACCUGAAGGCUGGAGCUGGAGCUCAGUGAUAGAAUGUUUCUUUAGUUCUGAAAACCCAGAUCCAAUCCCCAGCAUCAAAACUAGAGAAGGAAAAAAAGCGAAGUACUUAGCAGUCUCAGAAAUACUGACAAGGACUAAAAUAUAAAUUUUCUUUUCAAAGAAGCAGAGUUGCCAUUCUUGGAACAUAAUAAGUUUUAUAUUCCCUUUUUGUUCCUGGAUUUAUUGCUCCUGGAAUCUUCAUAUUUAAUAAGGUAUGUAAAUGUUCAAAGGAGAUGCUUUAAGCAAAUAUUGUAAGGAAAGAAAAAGGAUCACUCAAUAUCAAAUACUUUGAUGUUAUAGCACAUUGUCCAAGUUUAACGAUGCAUAUAUACUGACAUUUUCAAAGAAAAAAAUACAGUUUACCUUGAACUACUUUCAAAAUUAUCAACAUACAUACAUAGUAUUUUUUUUCAAAUUUCCAAAUUACCCCAUUUCUAGUAAAAGUGUGAACAAGAUGUUCUGAACAAGAAAAAUGGUGUUAGAAACUCGAUUUAGCAUUCAUAAUUUAUUAUACAAACUCAUUUGUAGAAGGGAAGAUAAAAUACUCAGUUAAGUGAAUAAAAUAAUGUUCAAGUUCAAUUCUUUUUAAAAAAUAUUACUGUUUUUUUCUUCUUUACAGAUAGUUCUCCUAUAUAGCUCAGAUCCACUUGCCUCAGUCUCCCAAGUGCUGGGUAUGUGGCACCAUGCCCAGCUCCUUAAUUUUGAGCAUGGGGGUCGAGAUCAGGUCUCACUCUGGGAGCCCUUGUGGACCUCAAACUCAGUAUGUAGACUAGGCUAGAUGUCAACUCAAGAGAUCUGCCUGCCUCUGCCUCUGUGUGCUGGGAUUCAAGGUUUUAACUUACUGCCUGAACAUGCAUGGAAAGGACAUUUUAUAACAGUGUUAUAUAGUUUAUAAUAUGUAUACCUGUUCUAUGCUAUGAACUGCAAAGUGUAUCUAAUUUCCCAAUGAAGCUGACUUUUUGACAUUGUAAGGCUCUUAUGCUUAAACUAUAGAAACCUUAUGUGUACAAAAAGCAAAAUGUCUUAGUGUAAAGAAUAGUAAGCAAGGAAUCAGAGAACAUAGCUCUCAGCUUUACCUUUGCUCGUCUUUUUUUUUCUGGUUUAUAAAAUGACCCUACCAGACUCAUUUAUUGAAUUCUAUGGAGUUAUUCUGAAAAUCAAGUGGAUGGUGUUAAAAAGAUUUGAGUGCAGAAAGCAUACUUAAUACAUGUGUUUUGCUGGUUCUGGACGUGCCAUUACAUUUACAAUGAAGAAGGACUUUCUUGAGUUUUUUCUUGUUAUUUCUGUGUGGAGAUAUCAGAAGACAGUGUGUGUUUUCAUGGACCAGGGGAGCUGUGAGCUGGUGUUUGCCCUCCAUCCUUCUACCUUGAACUGCUGCUGAAUUACCAUUUCUCUAAAGGAUAAACAAUAGAGAAGAAAACCCUUGGGAAACUAAUUCAACCAAAAAAGCUGUAUCUGGAAAUAUUUUGUGCAAUGGUGAAGUGGGUAUUUCAUUGUAUUUUAAAAUAUAAACACUUGUACAUUUUCUA